UUACAAUAGGCAUUUAUUCCUGCUCAGGGGAGCAAGAUGUUGUUUUCAGUUUAAACUUCUUUCACCAUCAUUGAAUAGCCUGCAGACUUACUGGAAAUGUGGCUUUUCUCUGGAUUUCUGUAAAUUAUAUGCUUUAGAGAAAUUGUAUGCUUUAGGUUAACAACAAUUCAACUAAAUAGUGUACAAGGAAGUAAGAACUAUCAGUAGUAAUAUUUUCAUCAUGUGGGGAUUUUGCCGAAUAUUUUUCGUCACCGUCCUCUUUAUCCAAUUUGCAUUCCUGCUCUCAUUGUUUUAUAUCGACAUUGAUACUUGGAGAAAUACUUCAUCAAAGAUCCUGAGAUUCUCAGGCCUAAGAUGUGACAAUAACCCUCAGACCUCAGAUUUCCUCAAACUAAAUAUAGGGCCGUUUUACCAUGACAAUCCUUCCUCUUGUACCUGCCGAAAUAACCAGUCGGCCAGCCAGUUUGUGUCCAAAGAUGAAUUAGAAGAUCUCCAGAGACGUCGAGCAGAAGAGUACAGACAACAUCAGAUCAGGACAGGUAGAGAGAAUGAUGUUCUUGUUCUUGCCCCUCCCAACACUCCACUCCAGUAUCCCAUCAGAGGAUUCAGAGUUGCUCCCAUGACUAAAACUCGCAUUCCUGGUCUAGCUGUACAAACACAAAACAGAGAUUUUUACAAGGUGUCACUGAGGGUACAGAAGGGUCUGCUGUCAGUAAUGGAUGUUAAGGAUGACAAGAAGAUUGUUUUUGGCCAGAAUGAGGAAAAUCUGACCAUCUCAUCCAGCAGCCUUGAUCAUCUCAAUGAGCUGCUGAGCAGAGUGACCUACACCAGCACCAUCUUCCACAUCAAGACUGAAGAUCUCGCUUACUUCUCUUUUGAGAACCAUGAGGUCAUAUUCCCCAUUGAGAUCAGACGUCGGUCAGUUCCUAAUCUUUAUGACCCGGGAAAAGAUAUCAACUCCCAGGUGACUGUACUUGUUAAGGCAUUUCUGAGAUAUAAGGAACUGAAUGCUCUUAUUCAAAGUAUACGUGUGAACUACCCAAAGAUAAAGAUCAUUGUAGCAGAUGACAGUCUUAUCCCAGAGAAGGUUGUUGGUGAUAAUAUUGAACACUACAUAAUGCCCCCGGCACAGGGCUGGUUUGCCGGCAGAAAUCUGGCAUUGUCACAAGUCACGACUAAAUACUUCUUAUGGGUGGACGAUGACUUUGUGUUUCUGAAUGAGACGCGUAUAGAGAGAUUUGUGGAGGUUAUGGAAGCCGUUCCUGAAUUAGAUGUGGUCGGUGGUCAGGUAGGAAGAAAUCAGUUUGCCUUUAAAUUGAAUUAUGAAGAAGGGAACAGCGAAGAAGGCGGUUGCAUCUCACGUGUCAGAGGUUUUUACGCACCCCUGUCGGGAUUUAAAGGGUGCUUCUUUGUCGAUGGAGUUGUGAACUUCUUUUUGGGCCGAACGGAUGCCGUGCGUAAGGUCGGUUUUGACCCGUUCCUCAGAAAGGUUGGACACAGUGAAUUCUUCAUUGAUGGACUUGGAGAAUUGUUAGUUGUCACCUGUCAAGGUCUCAGAAUUGGUCAUCAGAAAAGAACAAACACACCCGACUACAGAAAAUACAGAUAUCCUCCAAAAGCUGAUUCACAAAAUAAAAUGACUCACCAUUAUUUCAAGAAUCAUCUAAAAUGCAUCAAAUACUAAAAGGAGAUUUACAGUGUCAUCUGAGCUUUACACAGUUAAAGGCAUCAAACAAUAUUAACUUUACAAUAUCAACACAUCAUUAAUAUUAAUGUUUUACAGUAUGUUAUAAAACAUGACAGACAUUAAGUGGUGAUAUCCAUGCCCAGAUAGUAAAGGUACGUUUGUAAGAUGUCUGCAAAAGAUCUGGAAAUCUGAAAUAUAUCUGGUGUGGAAAAACAUCUGAUAAAGGUCUCAGAAAGAGCUGUUUUAUUCUAAAGCAGACGUCUUCAGUAUUUAUAUAUGACAUCUGUCUGGAAACAGUUUGGAGAUGAGGAAACAAUAAAAACCCACAUCUUGAUGUAAACACAGAUAUCAAAUAGACAUCUCCGAGAUGUAUGUGUGCUAUACACUGAUCUAUAUAAAUGACUGGAUUGUACAUGGCGUCACAAUUGUGAAGCCACCGUGCCACCAUAUUGGUAUGCCCAAACAUUCUAUUAAAUUAAUAGAAAGUUAUACGAUUUUAAAGGGGACAUGAAAAUCUGACUUUUUCCAUGUUUAAGUGCUAUAAUUGGGUCCCAGUGCUACUAUCAACCUAGAAAAUGUGAAAAAGAUCAACCCAGUAACUUAGUUUUGGUUAACCAUUCUCUGCAAGCAUGUCGAAAAAUAGAUCAUUGAAAUUUGGCUCCCCUUGUGAUGUCAGAAGGGGAUAAUACCGCCCCUUAAUCUGCACUAUCCAACCACGGCACUGCCAUUUAGCGCAAAAUAAUAAUAAACAGAACAAUUAAUUUUCAAUUUCAACAAACCAUCAUUAUGGCGAUAAGUGUUUGCAUUUCAUCAGCUCAUUUGCAUUUAAAAGGACACACCCAAAAACGGCACAUUUUGCUCACACUUUUAACAUGUUAUAAUAAAUUAUCUUUAUGAUAUUUUGAGCUGGAACGUCACAUACUUUGAUUAAAUCAAAGUUUUAUUUUACAUCUUAAAAAGUCCCCUUUAAUGAUAAAACACUACUUUACCAGUCUCCGUUUUUGUAUCUGAAGUCUCCAUGUUUAGGCUAUAAUAUUAUUACAAGGCAAACGUCAUACGCAUUUACAUAUUUAUUGAAAGUUGUACAGGGCUACAUGUUGUGACAAACUUUGCAUCAUGCAUCCUCGAAAAAGUAGUCACCGGCCGCCACUGGCAAACACUUACCUUAAUGUAUCUCAUAUUCUGCCCGAUUAAAUCAUAAACAUUGCAAAUAACAUCAGAAGUAACAAUUGAUUUACGUACGCAUAUCCUAAACAUUAAUCUUGUGUGACUGAUACGCUGUAAACCGGGUGAAUUUAGAUCAUGAUUUUGAAUGUAAGUCAAUGACGCCCUCUGUCGGUUGGGCAUAGUAAGAUGGCAGCUCAAACUCUGCGAUGGCUUCACAUCUCGCUGUUAUGUGAAGCGUUCUCUGCGCAAUCCAGUCAUUUAUAUAGGUGCUAUCAGGGUUUGGUUGAGUUUACAUUGCAAGAAACCUAAUAUAUUCUUAAGCAAUAUCGCUCGAGUAGGAGUGUGAUAUAGCUCUAUAUCAUCACGGCUGUGAUUAGGCCAGAGGCAAUCACAGCCGUGAUGAUAUAGAGCUAUAUCACAUGACUCCGAGAGCGAUAUUGCUUUUAUACAACAGUUCGACGGCACACGUUUGAAAAACGAAAACUAGAAAACAACAACGGAGUAAUUUUAAAAGCCUCUUUGUUUGAGAACUACUUCUUCCGCCACGGAUUUGAGGGCAGCCAGAAUGACAGGUAACACUUUCGGCUGCUUUGAAUCUCAUAUUAACUCAAUGGACGGAUUCGCCGUUUUUAAAUAUUACAAUUUCUUGGUCACAAAGUGUAGUUUUAAGAUUAGUUCAGUCGAGAAUAUAUAUGUAUUAUAUUUAAAUCUACAGUCGAUUAGUAAAGAUAGCACCUGUUUGAACGUUUGCUUAGUGAGAUUCGGUACGUAUGAGAACCAAAACAUGAGCGGACAUCAGUGUUCACUCGCCCCGCUGACCACCGCCCUCUCUGGGCUACAUCUCUGACAGGGAUUCCCUGGCUCUCAUGCUGGCCUGAUGGUCAAAAAUUAGAUCAAAUCAGCAGUAUUUGGUGUCAUGAUGAAACGUUUUCUUAUUCAUAUUUAGUGUCUUUUGUGUUGUUAUUGUUUUGGCGCGAGGUAAAAGUUAAUAAAACUAUACUUCUAUAAUGUUACUAUUGGUUUACCAUUUCAUCUUAACGCGAUACGAGCACUCGGUUAUCAUUAGACUUCGUUCUUGUCAGUACUAUAUAAAACUGUUUUUUAUAAGUGUUAGAGAGAUGUUUUUGCAUGCUGCUUAUAAAUAUAUCAGUGGCGAUAUCUCAUAACAUGUUUUAAUAGUCACGUCGCGAUUAAAUAAAUGAUCAAUGUCCACAUUUAAAAGCUGUGGUACUUACCUGCAGUUCCACUGUGUUUUCGCGUUCUGAUAAGAGAUAUAGCUCCAGAAAAAAACGAAUGUUUACAUUCCUCUUUCCAAGUGUUAAUCGUCCACACGAUGUGACAAGACAUAACUCCCAUUAACUUUAACGUAACAUCCAAGAGCGCUGAUCUUUGACGGAAUAAUAACUUCCGAUUGGGGAUUCACAGACUGAUUUAUGAGCUAGUUAACUAAUGAGACACACGGAGAGUGAUUCAAAACAGCGCGGUUGUGUGUCUGCAGUUUUUCCAUUCAGAGAUGAGCCUGUUUAGAGGACCUCCAUUCAAUAGGUGGCGGAAUGAUACGAAAGGUGAAGCGGUUACUGUGCCGUUAUCAGUACAAUAUCGUAUAGCUCUUAGCCAAUCAGAUUCGAGAAC